AUGUCUCAAUGCGAGCCUCUACAGGUUGGCGUUGCUACUUCCCUUGCAAGUUCUCGUCUACAGGCCCAAAUGCAGCAGAAGAGAACACACCAUUUCCACCCACAAGACCGUGAGUCUGCACAGCUUUAUGGUGAAACCCGUGGACUUGUACAUGUAUCUUGGCAGACUGCUCCAGUAACUCCGGACACUCCUUCUUCAGUAAUGAUGGAUGUCAGUUGGUGGACCAUCGUCCGUAGCAACGAUGUGCUUUGCGUGCUCUCGUCUGAGAAUCUGUCUACUGAAAUACUUGUGCGGAACCCAGCCGUGGGAGCCGCUGCCUUCGAGCGCAGUGACGAAUUUUGA